GAAACAGAUCUUCUUCCAUAUCUGGGCCCAAUAGACGGCACACGGGGCUUCUCCUGCAGUGGCCAAAGAGCCGCUGUGGUGUUACUGCAGAGUGCAAAAGAAGCGACAACUUUCAACCACUUGUUUGUUCUGGCUCUGGCCUCUCGCCUGGCUGACCUCACAUCCUGAGAGCAGGGAGACCGGCACCUCCACCGGCAGGGUGGGCACAGCCCAGGCAAUCUGAGCGACUGCCGGGACCUGCUUUCUCUCACUUGAAGAGGACGAGGCAGGAAGGUGGACGGGGAAUGCCAAGGAGACUCGCUCUGCCCCUGAGGUCUCCAAGUGGGUUUCCUGCUAUGGGGGACCCAGAAGAGCUGGGAUAAACCUUGAAGAGCAAGCGGAGAAGGGAAGGCCAUUAAGUGUGGAAAGGAACAUGGAUUCUUGCCGAGAACUUCAACUUUUGCAAUUCCACAAUGGUUUCUGGUAACUUGCCUGUUUGGGUGAUUUUACUUGUACCUCUUGCCUUCUGGGCAUCCGAGAGCCUCCAGAUGGCAUCGCCAGGCACUGCUGAGCCCACAAGCAAACCCGUCCCGGAGCAGCUUCCCAUCCAAACCUUCCAAACCAUUCUGUUGAAACGGCUGGGCUUGCAAAGGCGGCCGGACCCCAAACCCAAACUGCUGGUCCCCCAGUACCUGCUGGAUUUAUACCGAUUUUCCUCGAGACAGCUUCCAGCCUCUCCGAAGGACACCGAGCAACCCUUCCUGGAAGGCCGAGCAGCAGCAGCCAACACCGUGCGCGCCUUCCAUCAUGUUGAGGAUUCGGCUCGUGUCUCUGAAGGCGCAGGAAAUUCGUUCUACUUCCUGUUCAACCUCACCGUGCUGCCCUUGGAGGAGGAGCUGACUGCCCUUGAGUUGCGCCUCUAUCACUCCCCUAAGGAAAGCCAGGGCUUAUACAUCCACGUUUACCACGCCGUGGAUCCCCCACCGGUGGCCCCAAACAAGAGCCGGCUCCUCACGUGCAAAUUUGUGACGCCCAGCCAGCCCAAAUGGGUGAGUUUUGAUGUGACGGCUGCUUUCCAGAAAGCAAGAGAACGGAAGCGUAACCUGGGGCUUCUGGUCGAGGUGCAGCCUUCGAACCGCAGCCAAGAUCUUCCGCGCCAACAGAUUCCCCUCCGUGCAAGGCGCUCUCCCGGCCAAGAGGAAGCUCAGUGGACUCUCGAAAGACCUUUACUGGUCACCUACAGCCAUGACCAAAGAGGGCAACCUCUGACCCACAGAAAAAGGCAAAGCAGAAGUCGCCCCGUUAGAGGCAGAGGAGCGACUAAAGUCCCGGCCUCCACCAGGAAGCACAAGGGCCUGAGGCCGAAGACGAAAAGCAGCGCCAGGUGCAAAAGGCACCGCCUCUUUGUGGAUUUCAAGGCAGUGGGGUGGAACGACUGGAUAAUUGCUCCUAGUGGCUACCAUGCUUUCUACUGCUCGGGGGACUGUCGCUUCCCGCUGGCCGACCACAUGAACUCUUCCAGCCAUGCUGUGGUGCAGACCAUCCUGAACUCGGUGAACUCCAAAGUGCCCAAGGCGUGCUGUGUCCCUACGGAGCUCAGCCCCAUUGCUAUGCUUUACCUAGACCAGAACGAUAUGGUCGUCCUCAAGACCUACCAAGACAUGGUGGUGGAAGGAUGCGGGUGCCGCUAGAAGCCAAAGUGCACAGGAUGGUCUUUUCUCAGUAUUAAAACUAGGUGGGGUGGGAGAAGGUCUCAGUAAAAGUGAUGAUGGACAAUAAAGUUGGGCCUGUCAAAGGCA